UCGAUAUCCAUUUUGGACUACAGUUGCAAGAAAGCUGACAAGGAAUUGAUUGGAAAUAAACACCAGGAUGACGAGUGUUGCCGCUUGUGUUGUCAUGCCGCUACAUAUCCAAUCCUGGAGGAUUGUUAGUUUAUGUUAAGACAAAAUGGUUUCCGUCAACUUUGAAGCUUUGCGGGCUAGCUUAGCUUGGUAGUGGCUAGCAAACACAGGCGGAAGUGAUCAACGCGUCGCUCAGCUGAGCUCAAGUGUGAUUUUAAACCGUCGGGAUUGUGUGGAAAUGUGCGAAAGAGCCAUAGCAGAGUACGAGGAGGAACUUUGUCGAACAAAAGAGGAGAACGAGCGACAACGUCAACUACUGGACGCUGUUUCCAAGAGGUACCAAGUUGGGUUGCACGGAGCAGAUGUUAGCUUCCAAGAUGGUCCCCCUCAGCAGCAGGAGUGGAGCUCCAUCACGGAGCCAGGGGAGCCACAGCACCUCCAUGUUAAAGAGGAAGAGGAGGAGCCACAGCACCACCACGUUAAAGAGGAAGAGGAGGAGCCACAUCACCUCCACUUUAAAGAGGAAGAGGAGGAGCCACAACACUUCUGCGUUAAAGAGGAAGAGGAGGAGCCACAGCACCUCCGCGUUAAAGAGGAAGAGGAGGACCACAGCAUCAGCCAGGAGGGAGAGCAUCUUGAAGGACCGGAGGAGUUCCCAGUGAUUGGCGUCCCUGUGAAGAGUGAAGAUGAUGAAGACGAAGGUGAAAGUGAGGAGAAGAGAGAGGCGGAGCCUCCAAGCAGCAGCUCAACUCAACACAUGACAACAGAAGCCGAUGGAGACCACUGUGGAGGAUCACCAGCAGACAAGCUCUUAGCUCCACUAUCAGAUAGUGAGCACACGACGUCACACUCUCCUGACACUGAUGAUGAUGAUGAUGAAGACUCUACAGCUGAUAUGACAUGUCACCCUGACAACACACGCCUGAAAUGCCAACACUGCGACAAGACCUUUGUUAAGAGGGGAAACCUGAAAGUACACGUGAGAAGUCACACAGGUGAGAAACCUUUCACCUGCUCAGCCUGCGGUAAAAGAUUCUCACAACGAUCACAUUUGAAAAGACACACAAGAAUACACACUGGAGAGAAACCUUACUCCUGUUCAGUGUGUGGUAAAGGAUUUAAAGUCAACAAAGAUGUGAAAAUACACAUGAUAAAGCACACUGGGGAGAACCCAUUUCGCUGCUCCAUCUGUGGUAAAGGAUUCUCUCUAAAGGCAAAUUUGAAAACACACACACAAAUCCACACUGGAGAGAAACCUUUUACAUGUUCAGUGUGCGGGAAAGGUUUUGUACAAAACUACAACUUGAAAAUGCAUAUGAGAAGACACACGGGAGAAAAACCGUACUCCUGUCCAGAGUGUGGUGUGGCUUUUUCCCGAAACGAUAAUUUGAAAAUACACAUGAGAACACACAGUGGAGAAAAACCAUAUUCCUGCUCAGAGUGUGGCGUCUGUUUAGCACGAAAAGAUAAUUUGAAAAUGCACAUGAGAACACACGAGAGACCACCACGGAGCUCCUGUCCGGUCUGUGCUGAGGGCAUCGCAGGAAAAGGGGAAUUGAAAAAGCACAUGAGAACACACAUUGGAGAAAAACCAUUUGCUUGUUCAGAGUGCGGUGCGGGUUUUGCACGGAAAGCUACUUUGAAAAUUCACAUGAGAACGCACACUGGAGAAAAACCACAUCCCUGCUCAGAGUGUGGUGCGGGUUUUGCGGGAAAGCGCGAAUUGAAAAAGCACAUGAGAACACACAUUGGAGAAAAACCAUACUCCUGCUCACAGUGUGGUGUAGCCUUUGCACGGAAAGGUACUUUGAAAAUGCACAUGAUGACACACACUGGAGAGAAACCGUAUUCCUGUUCAGUGUGUGGCAUAGAUUUUUCACGAAAAGGCAAUUUGAAAAUACACAUGAGAACUCAUACCGGAGAAAAGCCGUUCUCGUGUUCGGUUUGUGGUGUCAGCUUUGCACGAAAAGCUGAACUGCAAAUGCACAUGAGAGGACACACUGGAGAGAAACCAUAUCCCUGUUCAGUGUGUGGUGUUGGGUUUGCACGAAAAGGUGAACUGAAAAGACACACGAGGAGACACACAGGAGAAAAACCAUACCGCUGCUCAGUGUGUGGAAUAGGUUUUGGCCGAAAUGGUGAUUUGAAAAUCCACACGAGGAGACACACGGGAGAGAAAGUGCUGAGUUGCAGCGUGUGUGAUGAACGAUUCUCUUACAAGUACCAGCUUAGCAACCACACGUGUGCUGGGGAGAACAGCGGCAGGAAGUGAAGCUGUACAACGUCACGUGUGACGUGCAACAUCGUAUCAUAACAUUAAGAGUUUAUCUUGUCAAUUUGUUGGACAAAAACAUUUCAAAAUGUACCUGCAUUGUUAAAUAAAGUCACAUGGUUGCAUUGUACGUCUCGUCUCCUCAAGUGAGUGUUUCGUGACAGCCCGAGUCAUUAGCCACUCCCACUUCCUGUAAAGCCACAGCACGUGAGGGAUAAAUUGUACCGUGACGAGAGGAGGUGCUGAGAAAAGCUGGA